CGCGAGAGCGUGAACGUGAAUUCGAGCUAGCAGCUUUUUUAGCCUGCUUUAAAACCUAAACACUGACAAACCGCUGGAGUUUUAUUUUCUUUUUUUAUGGUUAAAAAAUGAAGAGAAACUGAAGAAACCGAAGAAUGUAUAAUAAGACAUCGUAAUAAGUGUAAUGUAGAGAGGAAACUCGGCUGAUUGUUUCUGUUAUUGUGCAGUUUUAUUUAAAGCUAACGUUAAUGUUUUUCUAUCGCGAGAGGCGGGGAACAUAACACACACACACACACACACACACACACACACACACACACACACACACACACACACACACACACACACACACACACACACACACACACACACACACACACACACAUACAUACAUACAUACAUACAUACAUACAUACACACACACACACAUACACAUACACAUAUAACACACACACAAACAACAUUAGUUUUUGGAUGCAGUCGCUUUACACAGGACAUUAUUGGGGAAUUGUGUUUGUUCAGCCUGGAUUUCACUUUCCUGAGGACGACAGAGAGAUUCAGAGGCGUUACAUGGAUUAUCUGUGUUUCAGAACUCUGUGCUGUAAAGGUCCGCCUCCCCCCAGACCGGAGUAUGAUGUAGUGUGUAUCGGGUUGACGGGCUCCGGAAAGACCAGCCUGCUGUCCAGACUGUGCAACGAAGCCGCCGACACUAUAGUACCUACCACAGGUUUUAGCAUUAAAGCCGUGCCGUUCCAGAACGCCAUCCUAAACGUCAAAGAGCUGGGAGGCGCUGACUCUAUUAAGAAAUACUGGAGCCGUUACUAUCAGGGCUCUCAGGGUGUGGUGUUUGUGUUAGACAGUGCCUCAUCUGACGAGGAUCUGGAGACGGCGCGCACCGAGCUGCACUCGGCCCUGCAGCACCCACAGCUUUGCACCCUGCCCUUCCUCAUCCUCGCCAACCAACAGGACAAACCGGCUGCACGCUCCGUCCAUGAGAUAAAAAAGUAUUUUGAGCUGGAACCUUUGGCUCGGGGGAAGAGCUGGUUGCUCGAGGGAAGCACGAUGGAUCACAUGGACGCUUUGAAGGAGAGCUUCAGCCAACUCAUCAACCUGCUGGAGGAAAAGGACCAAGAGACGGGCCGGAUUUGAUCUGGGAGCGUUUUCCCAAUCCCAGCAUCCUCCACUCUGGAGAGUACAGCUCUCCAUCUCACCACAAGCAAGAGAGUGUGUGUGUGUGUGCGCGUGUGUGUGUUUUACUCAGACUCCAGUACAGCAAAGGCUUACAGAUUCACACAAGUGGAGUUUAUAUUGUAUAUCAUAUCAUCAAAUUUGAGGUAUGAUAUGUAAUUAUGUUCCUUUUAGUAGUAACGUGUUCCCGGACUGUUGUGCCGCGUCAUCUGUGAACACGGAUCUGUUGUACGUCCUGUGUAACACACACCGAGUUGCACAUUGCUACGUGACUGAUAAAGUUUAACACUUUUCUUUGUAUGUAGAGAAACUGGGUAUUUUUUUUUUGUAAUAUGUAGAUUGUGAGAUUUUGUGCGUGUAUAGGAGUGUGUGUGUGCGCGUGUGUGUGUGCGCGUGCAAGAUGAACGUUUGUAUUUUAAAAGCCUUAAAGUAUG